AUUUCUAAAUGCAGAUUACAAAACAGCUUUCAUGUCACGUGAGAUUAAUAAUACAGACGAUAACACAACGGAAUUGUUCCUGGAAAAAGUUACCGAGGAUCUUUCCACUACAGAAAUUACAUUUACAGCGGAAUGUUUUAGGAAUAAUUCAAAUGGUACGUAUUUUGAAUGGAUUACUUAUCACCGCCCUAAGUCUGCAAAAAACAAUAAUAGCGGUACUUUCAAGAAUGUCUCUGACGAAAGUUUACAACGACCUCAGCGGGAACCAACAUUGAGGGUUUCAAUCAUUAUUGUGCAACCGUAUGUGUUCAAAGAAGAUUUAGAAAAUGAUGUCCAUUAUUCUGGAUAUUUGAUUGACAUAUUAAAUGACAUAUCAAAAUACUGCAAUUUUACUUAUAUUAUAACUGAAUGUAAUGAUGGGGUACAUGGAACAAGGAAAAGGUCAAAAUGGAAUGGCUGUAUUGGCGAUCUAAUUAAUCAUAAAGUAGACAUUGCCCUUGCGCCUUUAGCAGUGACAUCCGAACGUGAUUCUGUUGUUGAUUUUGUAUCGCCAUACUUAGGAACAACUGGUCUACAAGUUCUCAGAUUUCGCCUCACACCAGUGGCGUUUGUAUUCUUAGACGUCUUUUCCUUAUCUGUUUGGCUGUCGUGUUUAUUGGUUUUACUUUUAACCAGCAUCAUAUUGUUUAUCUUCCAAAAAUAUGCAGGUGAACACAUUCCUGCUGAUUCCAUCGCAUCAAAGAAAACUUGUUUCGGAGACGCAGUGUGGUUUGUUGUUUCUUCUCUAUGUUUUGAAGGUAGUGACAAUUCAUGUUUAAAUGGAUAUUCACGGAUCUUAAUAGGUGGCUUCUGGUUUUUCUCUUCAAUAUUCAUGGCCUGCUUCACUGCUAACAUGGCUGCCUUUCUGACAAAUAUUCGACUGAUAGAUGACAGCAGUACGGUGUUAAAUGAACUCAAAAGUGAUGGAACUAAUUUUACAGUUGUAACGGGUUCAUGGGAAAUUGAAUAUAUUAAAAAACUUGCCGAAUACGAGCAAUACUUUUCAAAUAUUUGGAAGAAUUUUGUGACGGACAAUAUAUAUAAUGUUACAAAUUAUACAGUAUGGUCAUUUCCGCUGAACAUGAUGUUUACUGAUCUUCUAGACAAUAUAAAUCGUAAUCCAUUACCAUCUUCACUUCAUUCAGCGUUAACAUUUUUAAAUAAGGGAUACGAACUGAUUGUUGAUUCAUCUGUAGCUACAUUUCUAACGAAUCAAAACUGCAGUCUUGAAAAAGUUUCAAAUCCAAUCGCAUUACAUCCAAUAGGACUUGCCGUCUCUAAAGGCUCAAAGUAUAGACAACUCAUUUCUGAAAGGUUGCUAUUUCUACAGCAGACUCAAACGUUUGAUGUUCUUAAACGUAAAUGGUGGCAUGAAGAAUCACCUUGUACUUCUCUAGAUGAAAACAAGGGCCUUUCUAUGAAAGAACUACAAAGUAGCUUCUAUGUUUUAAUAUUAGGAGUAGUUUCAGCAUUUACCGUACUAUUAAUUGAAGUGGUAAUUAGAAGAAUAAAACACCAGAAGUAUAACAUUACAGUAGACAAAAGUGAUGACAGUGGAAAUUCCCAAAUUGACCGUUCUAACGAUACUUGCCUUGAAAAUAAGGACGAUGAUAUUGAAACAGAAGCAUACAGCUUGGAGGCAAACUUAGAUAACUACGAGAAUGAAAUGGAUAUCAGUGAUCAUAAUAGUACCAGUAAAAUCGAAAUGACAACAUCUGCUCUUUGAUACUUACCUUUCUCUAAAUCUAUAAAU